AUGGCCGGCUGUCGACGGUCAGUAGGCUGUGGGCGGCAUGAUUUGCUCGACACCCUCAAGAUCACACCACCAACUCCGUUUGCUGAACAAGACUUCUUGACCGUGUACUUCAAGGAUAUCUACAAACCAAUUCCCAACGUAUACAAUCUUGUGCUUGCGAUGUUGUGGCGUCAUCCUGAGAACGUUGAGCUUGACAAAGUGAAGGUUGUCCAUUAUUGUGCUGCGGGGUUGAAGUCGUGGCGGUACACAGGCGAGGAACAGCACAUGGAUCGGGACAAUAUCAAGAUAUUGGUGAAGAAGUGGUGGGAUAUCUACGAUGAUGAGUCAUUGGAUUACAAGAAUAUCGUUGCAAGAGAUGAAGCGGUGAAGCAAACGAAAUGGGAUCGCUUCCUUGCGGCGUUGGCAGAGGCCGGAGCUUUUUGCUUCAUAACCGCCCCAACGGCAGCCUAG